CCGGAUUUUCAGGCACAGUCUUUUUCGCAACGCGUCCUUGAGAGCUUCAUUGCUCUCUUUCCCUCCAUACUGGACUCACAACUCACAAAACUGCCUCCAUCACAAUGGUCUCCUCCAUGCAAAGGAAAGUGUUGGCCAUCUUGCCCAAGUGUACAGGUGGCCUGUCCCUGGUGGGAUCAAGCUGCAUCGUCUAUGAUCUUGUCCAGCAAAUUCGCUCCAAGCCAAGUGGUUCGGCCAAUUCCUUCCAACGCAUCAUGCUCGGUUUGAGUUGUUUUGACAUGAUUUGCAGCUUUUGCAACGUCUUAUCCACUUGGCCAAGUCCUGAAGAUUCGGGCACCUUCAUGGCGGUUGGUAACACACAAACCUGUACGGCACAAGGAUUCUUCAAUGAACUAGGAAACCUGGGGGCCGUCACAUACUCGGCCAGCUUGAGUUUGCAGUACGUUUGGCAAAUGACAUCUCCGGGACUUCGAAACAGGCUGCCUCCGCAGCAUGAGGUCUGGCUUCAUAUAGUUCCAAUCACAUUGGCUGUGAUCAUGGCUGUGCUUGGGUUGCCCCUCACUCUGUACAAUAACUCGGGAUGGAUCUGUUGGUAUGCCCCUUAUCCAAAGGGUUGUCAAGGAGAUGAGUGCACUCGUGGUCAGCUGGCUGGCCUUUUUCGUUGGAUUCACUAUGCUAUUGUAUGGGGUGCCAUCUUCACAGUGACAGUCAGCAUGUAUUUGAUCUUUCGAGUGGUGCGGUCCACCGAAAAGCGAGCCAACAUGAUACGAUCCGCCACUUCGACAGUACGAUCCAGUGGGCACUCGGGCGAUUUCAUGGACGAAGCGAAAACCAGCGUCUCAGUCCACAACAGCAAUAGCACUAGCAGCAGCAGUCCCCGGACCAAGCGCGUGGCAACACAAGCAUUCCUUUACAUUGGUGGACUCUACUUGACGUGGAUAUUCACUACGUUAACACGAAUCUUUCAAACAGCUCAAGGUGUAACCCACUUGGAGUUACUCAUCCUCAUGGCUCUUUUCUUUCCCAUGCAAGGAUGUUUCAAUGCACUCAUCUACUUUCGGUCUCAACGCAAUCGAAACCAACACAACAGCCGAUUCUCUGCGACCUCUCGUGCGGCAAAGACUACCCAGUUCAAAUCGAGUGCCUCCCAAGCUCAGCAGCCGUUCUCUGUGGUACCACCCAUGUCCGUGGCCAGCAGUUGCGACGAUGGUGAUGAGGAUGAUGAUGAUGAAGAGUUUGGUGAAGAAUUGGGGCAACCGACUUUCCACAACAAUACUCACGAGUCUCGGGAGAUGACUCUACCGGAUGGCCAAGAAGGUAGCAACGAGCUACCGGGAAACGAUGAAACUGAAUAAGUGCCGAGUGCCAGACGAAAGAAAGUCUUCACACCCCAAAUGCAGCAAUGUGGAUGGAUGCAAGAAUUGGCCGAGCGACUCCUCUCUGCACGUUCUUGAAGCACAACAACUGCAACGAUGGAUACAUAUUCAUGCCAGACAGCCGGAGCCAUCCCGCGAGUUUGACGGGAAGGGAAGAUCAAGACAUGGCCGCGUGAGACCCUUACUCAAAAUGUGGGAAGGUGACAGCAAAAGCUUCCAGUCUACUGGUACUCUUGGAUUCGAUUCAUACAUGACGACAUAUACCGAUAGCCAGUUGCACGCAUACAUGAGCUCUUCGAAGCAGUCUCUGUUUCGCUUCGCUGCCCCUUUGUCAGCAGUAUGUACCGGAAGCAUUUGAUAACGCUGACUGAGCUGCUCGUUUGCUUGCUUGGGGACCGGCCCGAAAACUAAAAACAAGUAAGUUGUCUGCUUUGCAACAGCAGCGUCAUCUCCCCACUCGGAAGGAAAGACUACAAGUCCAGACGUCGUAGCCUAUCCUGUGCUAUUUGGGUACUACCGGUACCUACUAGCCGAGUAGUAGAUGGGCCUAGCUAGCUAGACCCAUGAGUGGCAGUCUAUAAUUCGAUACAGAGAACAAUUUGGCUACAUGGCCACAUCUUUUGAACUUCAGACCGGCACAACGAAUACCGAUACCUGCCUUACAUGCAUCAAAUGAUCAUCUCACACAACUUGGAAAGGACAUCGUCUCCAGCAUGGACUUUGCUUG